CGCGAUCGAUCGAGACGGUCGAGUCGUUCGCGCGCGCGACGGACGCGAACGCGACGGACGCGACGGGAAUCGAACGAAUCGGCGCGAACGAAGGAAAGGAAAGGAAAGGAAGGAUCGAAUCGAAUCGAAUCGAAUCGAAUCGAAUCGAAUCGCGACGGAAACGCGACGAAAGGGCGACGAAAGGUCGACCGCGGCGAUGGUGCGAGCGACGGGGCGCGCGCGCGCGGAACGCGGGACGCGGGAGGCGCGCGCGCGACGGCGAGAGUCGAGCGAGGGUGGUUCGCGGGACGAGGACGCGGCGACGACGACGGCGACGACGAGCGGACGCGAGACGGGCGCGCGCGAGACGGAAACGGCGGCGCGAACGCGCGAGGGGAAUGACGAAGAGGGACGGGCGGGCGUCGAGGGCGAGGAGACGGCGGGACGCGAUGGGGAGGAGGAGGGACGCGGCGGCGACGGAGACGCGAGGGAGGGAGACGCGCUCACGGGGGAGGAGUUGGACGUGUUGAAGGCGAACACGACGGGCACGAAGCACGUUCGAGGGAUGGGGAUGAAUGGACACGUCAUGCUCGAGGCGACGACGUCGAGCGGUGACGGGAGGGGCGGAGAUCAGCCGCCGGCAAAGGCGCGGAAAAUCGUCGCCGCGCCGAAAGGGUUGGGACCGCACGCGAUGAAGAAUGUGCCUUCGAGCGUGUUGGACGAGUCGGAGAGGAAAUUGAGACGACCGAAGGUGCAAACGCACGAGGUGUAUGGAUUACUGCGGGCGCAUUACGAUUUAGGCGACAUCGACCGCGAAUCUUUGAAGGAGCUUCCGUCGUACGACGAUAAGAAUUGGUACUUUUGCGCGUACACGGACGAUCCCAAGACGGGCGAGAAGGUCAAGCACGAGUACGUCGCCAAGGUACACAACGGUAUGGACUCCUCUGGAGUCAGUCGCGGCGUACUCGCGGCGCAAGAGCGUAUCAUAGGGUACCUCGCCGCGCACGGCGUCGAGGUUCCAAACGUCGUCAAGUCGAAACUCGCGAUGUACACCACGCCUGGUCCGAACGGGACGGUGAAUCUCGUCUCCGAGGGCACGCCCGGCGCGAAGCGCGAGUUUUGCACGCGCGUGACGUUUCUCGCCAGCAACCAAGUCGCGCACACCAUGCGCGUGUUGACGUAUGUGCGAGGCAAAACCAUCGUGCAGGUGCCGAUGCCGCACUCGAUCGACUUUGUGCGAAGGAGCGGCUUAUUCGUCGGACAAGUGUGCCACGCGUUGUCCAAGUGGCCUACGCCGAAAGAGAUGGAAAUCCAGCAGGAUCGGCGCGAACUGGGAGACGCCGUUACGCUGCCUUACGUAGAGCAGCACGCGAUGUGCUGGAAGGUGCUCACAAGUCGCUCGCGCUUGUGGGAUCUUCGCUUCUUCAUGGACGUGCAGCACUUCAUGACGGAUCUCAUCAUGCGCGAACUCUUCGAAGACGAAACGCGCAUCAUGAUGUGCAACACCGUCUUCAACGCCUUCAAACACUUGGUGCUUCCGGUGGCGGACAAACUUCGCAUCGGCAUCUUGCACAACGACUUGAACGAGCAAAACAUCAUCGCGUUGGAAUCAGGGCCAGAUCCCGUCAAGUUUCCAGCGAAUGUAAAGUUUGCUGCGAUUGAUUUUGGAGACGUCGUCGUGUCGUGGCGCGUAAACGAAAUUGCCGUCGCGUGCGCGUACUGCGCUCUGGACAAGGAAGACCCCGUGCACGACAUGUCGAUGAUGCUGGCGGGGAUUCAAUCCGUCUAUCCGCUCACGCCGCUCGAGAUGCGCGUCUUGCCGUGUCUCAUCGCCGCUCGUUUGGUCACGUCGCUCAUCAUGGGCAUGUACUCGUACCAUAUGCAAAUUGUGGGUGAACAAAACGAUCACGCGUCUGACGCCGCCGCCGGGCAAGCGAACUCGAACGCGGACCCGAGCGGCGAACCAGCCAGCGCGGAUACGCCGAGGGGCAACGUGUACGUACUCACGACUCAAAAAUCUGCUUGGACUGCGCUGACUCGCAUCUUAACCGUCGGCGCGGAGACGAUGUUCAAGAGAUUCAUCAUCGAUGCCUACUCUGAAGGGUCGAGCGUCGUCGUCCCGCAAGCGGCUGGGUAUCCCGCCUAGACGGUUCGCGCGGACGCCGCGAUCGCGACGUAUGAGGACGACGAGUCGAUGAUGCGCGCGAAAAACUAAUAAAUGAUAACAUUUAAUGUGCAACAGU